GAAAUAAACUUUGUGUAUUUUUCUGUUUGGAAUUGAAUUCAUUCUACAUUUCGGUUUCGUUGGGAGCGCUCGUGGAUAUGCUGAAAACGCGCUUCGCUUGAAUUUGCGAUUAAUAUAAAAGUGUUGGUCGUGUUCUUUGAAAAAAAAAUAAACAACGUUAAAUUCGAUACGUUUUAAAUAAAAUUCACGGUUGAAGCAGAGAACAAAAACCGCACUUAAGGCAUUUAUUUAAGCUUACAAAUUAAUGGUAAAAUAAAAUAAAAAAUAACCGUUCUCUCGAACAAGUGCAUGACAAUUUACCGCAUUCGCCUUUUAAAAAAAUCAACCAAUAUAAAAAUAGUGUGUGUGUAUCCUUUCUACUAUUUAAAUCAAUUGAGUGGCUGUGUCCUUCAUCCUAUUCUCGUAAUAGUUGAGGGUGUGUUUAUUGUAAACAACGCAUUAAAGCAGAAAUAGAAUAUAGCAAGAAAUCAAAACAAAAUUCUCAAUAUUAAUAUCAAUUAAUAAGAGAAAUAAUUUUAAAGUUAUAUAAAUAAAAAAUGUCGGUCUCAUCGAAUACUUCAUCUGCGUCAUCAGUAAGCGGUGCUCCCAUAACAAAUGGCAGUCGCUCCUCAUGUGGACGUCCUAGCAGUAAUGAUUCCAACACCGAUAGCUCCGAAUUGACGCACAUACUUAAUCGUCGUCAGGUAAUUAUGGAUUCGCAAGAAGCUGGAAUAGAGGUGCCACGCACCUUUAAGGUUGUUAACGUUUUCACCGAAUUUCAUGAAUUUACAAGAAAGCAAAUUAAGGACUAUCAGAAGACCUUCAAUCUAUAUAAGAAUACGAAUCAAAAGCUUUGUAUAAGGCAUGAAAAAUACGAUACUGGUUGUGAUGGUUACUUAGAUUUGACUGAACUAAAAUAUAUGAUGGAGAAGUUGGGUGCACCACAAACUCAUUUGGGCUUGAAACAAAUGAUAUCCGAAGUUGAUGAGGAUCAUGACGGUAAAAUAAGUUUCCGUGAAUUUUUGCUUAUUUAUCGUAAGGCACAGGCUGGUGAGUUAGAUAAGGAGUCUGGACUCAAUCAAUUAGCACGUUUGACAGAGAUCAAUGUUGAUGAAGUUGGUGUUAGUGGCGCCAAGAGUUUCUUUGAAGCCAAGAUUGAGCAACAAUUACGUACGAAUAAAUUCCAUGACGAAAUACGACAAGAACAAGAAGAACGUCGUCGUGAAGAUGAGGAACGUGCUAGUCGCCGACUACAAUUCCAACAACGUGCUGCUAUUUUCCAGUAAUUUCCACAUUAUAUUAUAUAUAUAUAUAUAAUCAAUAACGUUGUGCAGAAGUAUGAAUGCGUGCAAGUGGGCGUUAAGCAAUAAACAUACAUAUAUUUUGCUAUGUUUUAUAUUUUCUACAAUAAUAUUUGUAAUCCACACUCAAAAUUGUAAC